AAAAGAAGUCGACCAACUGGUGGAAUUUCUGUGCAGAGGAGAAAUCGACCAACUGGUGGAUUUUCAGCGUCGGAGAGGAGGAGUUGACCAUCUUGUGUUAUGUUGGCGUCUUGGCACUCGGAGGAGUGGGCGCAGUUGUUGUGGUCACUUGGGUAAUAGGCGCCAUGGGCUUCACCGCCGAAGGGAUCGCCGCCGGCUCCAUGGCCGCCUGGCUCAUGGCGCGGGAAGCGGCAGCCAACGGAGGAGGGGUCGUGGACGGAGGGGUCGUGGCCACGCUGCAGUCCAUCGGAGUUGCUGGGCUGAGUAUUCCAUCUAAGAUCAUCGUGUGGACAGCCGGAGUAGCCAUCACCAAGGUGGUGGUGGACCUCUGUUGUUGCGUCUUGAAACAUUUAUAAAAAAAAUUUAAAUUUAAAUGAAGAUUGGGAAAUUGCGUAAUUAUCGGAAAUUAUGCUAAUUAGUGCAAUUAUGCGUAUCAAUUAUGCUAAUUAGGGAUGUGAUCAUAUUUGGUUAUGUGAAAUUAUUCCAUUAUGCUAAUGUAUACAGUUCUUAUAAUUAAGAUUAUUAUGCAUGAUCUCAGGAAGACACCACUCAGAUACUUCUGUGUUAAGCAAUUAAAAUUCAAAACAAAAACAUAACACUCGAAUAUGCGAACUCUUAAGCUUGGAAUUGUCAACACAGUACCACUGGGGAUGUUCUCAUUGAUCCGUACAUUUAACCCUCAAUGAUCACGUUGUUAAACUGGGUAACCGAACAAUUGAUUAAUUCCUCAAAGUAAGGCGAGCAUAUACGGUGAUAGGAAAAAGUUCUUAAACGACGACAUUCAUACGAAUGGCAAUUUUUUAAAAUUAUAUCCCGAAGGCAAAAGUAUACGUCAAUAGAUUCAUCGGCAGGAUUAUAUUAUUAACGAAAUGUCUUGGAACAAUGGUGUGCGGCAAUAUGCCUGCUUCCGCAGAUGCUUAUCUUUUGGCUAAGGCUUCAAUUAAUUCGUGGGCAAGAUUCUGUGAUCAAAAGAAAGGUUGAACACAAUAUUCUCCCUGUGAGCGUGUAGAUUCGUAACGAAGGUUUCAAACGUUUAGUUUACAUCGAUGAAUCUAUUGGUAUUUUGUAUGCAAUUAAAAAGAAAAUUACCGACUAAUGUACUGUAAUUCUAGAUUUUAAGCUUUCGUGACUGCAAAGAUUCAUAUUCUUAGGUUUUUUUUCGGUUAAGUCACGUAAGUAAAACAUCAAAAUAAAAAAAUAAAAAAUAAAAAUCACGACGUUUCGGAGGCAACACAAGUCUCCGUCAUCAGGUGGGACCGUCACAGCCGGAUUAGCUGCAUCAAGUGAGGCAAUGAUUCAAGAUGUAAUCCCUUAAAAA